AUGACUUUUUUAAAGCCAUCUUCUUUUUCAUUAGCUAAACUACUAACCGCAAAACCUCCCGGUGAUUUGUCAUUAGAGGCCUUUCAACAUUUAUCACAGCUAGUCGCUAUCGAUGUUCCUUCCUCCGAAGCAGAGAAAAAGGAUAUGCUAAACAAGUUAAAUGAAGGAAUUGGCAGAAUGCGUGCUAUGGAGCAAGCUGAUACUUCUCACGUCGAUCGUCCAUUUCACACAUUGAGUUUUCCUGUCGACGCAGAAGAAUUAAUUAGCCCUACAGAAGAACAUCAAACGAAAUGGGAUGUCUUUCAAAAUUCCAAAAUUUGGCUCAUUCCAAUCCUUCUGUCGAUGAACCUUCCCGAAAUUAAAAUAUUUUGUUUUAAAAAGGAGAACUCGCAGAUACAUAUGCUCUUCAUAAGACUUCUUGUUGGUCAUUGA